ACCCCGAAAUGAAAUCCCACUUCAUCCCUCCCGGCAACCCUAAUCACCCUCCCUCCACUUCCACCUCUCUCUGUACGGACAGGUUCGAAGCUCACCAUUGCUGGGAUCUCCUCAAAAAGACACUGCCAAAACCCCCACAUCGCGGACCAAGUCUCCCUACAGCAGGUUGAGUGCAUCAAGCCAUGGGAUCUCGCUUACAGAUUCAAGGGGAUGAGUCGGUUCUUUUACGCGUAACACAUUCUAACCUCAAGAGCUUCGCUUCUGAUGUUCGCUUUUCACUUCAGAUGACAAUUGAAGCUGUGAAGGAGAAGCUCUGGAAAAAAUGUGGGACGUCUGUUGAUUCAAUGUGCCUCGAGCUAUAUGAUGACAUGGGUGCUAAAAUUUCAGAUAUGAGUGAUAACUUGAGACCUCUUGGUUUUUAUUCUCCACAGGAUGGGUAUAGAUUGCAUGUUAUCGAUCUUGAUCCAUCGUCAGUAACCUCUGGCGGCUGGCUGGAAGACACUUCGUUGGUGGAAAAAUACAAAAUAUCUGAAGAAGCCUAUAAUAAACGCAAUAGCACUUUUAGAAAGUUCAAGGAAAAUUACGCCCAUCAAAAUCCUUCUGCUCAUGAGACCAAAAGUUUGGACAAUUCCAUGGAGGACCUCUGUGCAAACAUCAAGGUAGGAGAUAGAUGUCAAGUUGAACCAGGAGAGAAAAGAGGUGUUGUCAAGUUUGUUGGCCGAGCAGAAGCUCUUGGAUCUGGUUUCUGGGUUGGAGUCCAGUAUGAUGAACCAUUAGGGAAACAUGAUGGCAUGGUGAAAGGAACACGUUACUUUGAUUGUCCACCACUUCAUGGUGGAAUAGUUAGACCAGAAAAAAUAAAGGUUGGUGAUUACCCAGAACGAGAUCCAUUUGAGGAAGAGGAAAUUUGAGAGGAGAGAGAUGAAGAGGAUACAUUUGUACUUGGCUGUUUUAACAUUUUAACAUAAUUUCAUUUGUGCCGUAGGAAGAUAGUGAAUGAUGCCUUCUUUGGCAUAUUUCUCAACAUUUCACUACAUUUGAAGCCAUGGGGUGUAUUUUCCUGGUUGAGUUGGUUAAAAUGUGAGUUUAAACAACAGUGAGCUUUGGUGUGUUUGUUCAUUCAUAUCCCCAGAAUGAUGGUAGGAAAGAAUGAUGUUGAGAUUUAUUGGAUGAUUUUCUACCCCAAGAUUUAACGAGUGAAGUACAAUGUCGAUUCCUCCCUUCAA